AUGCUAUCCUCAUUGUUCUCAACAGCUCGGCUGUUUGCCUCGAGGUCUUCAACUGUUGCCUCACUCUUAAUUCCUUCCCGCUUCUUCUCUUCGACACCAACUCCGUUCUUCCCCAAACUCAAAACACACUCGGGUACCAAGAAGAGGUGGAGGUCGAUAGGCAAUGGAGGUGGACCGUUCAAACGCGCGCACGCGUAUCACCAACAUUUGAAUGUGGGGAAACGGCCGGGACGCAAAAAUCGCCUCGCUCAAGGGACAUAUUCGCAUGGGCCACAGACCUCGAAGCUGAAGAAACUUAUGCCAUAUGCAUAG